AUGAGUACAGACACAUCUAAAACACGUGGUUCAGGGUCGACUAGGAGGAGAGAUCCUGAUGAGGACGAUUCCCGUCAAACUAAGAGGGUGCGACAAGAUAAGCAUGUAAGACGCGAGACACAGCCAGAAAUAAAAGCAAGUCCCAUUUUAGGUUUUGAGAAUCUCGAGGAUAUUGGGAAUCUCGAUUUCGAUCUCGAAACAUAUGGUUCAAGCACGUUCGGCGGCGAUGACAAGCAGGACAACCUCAAAGCACCCGAGGAGAACGAAGCAGCUAAUGAAAGCACACUCAAGGCACCCGAGGAGAACAAAGCAGCUAAUGAUACCACACUCAAGGUACCCGAGGAGAACAAAGCAGCUAAUGAAAGCACACUCAAGGCACCCGAGAACCAGGCACCUAACAUGGUCAAAGGCAACAUCCCCUAUGUUCCCAGGACAACCCCUCCCGAGUCUCUACAGGAAGCUGCCGGAAAGAUUGGAAAUAAAUGUCGCGAGAUCUUUAAUAACAGGCACAAGAAGUGGGAACAAAAUUUCAAAUUGUGCAUCGUUGAUUUUGCAGAGAGGCAGUGGUGGGGAGAGUUUGUGCAUGCCGGGUCGAAAACCCAUGGAAAAUGGUAUCGAUUCAACAAAGCUGUACACAGCUAUCAAACUAUUACCGAUGAACAAUUUAGCCGGAUUGCAGAGGAGCUCUUCCAAGUGACAAUGGAGCAUUAUUUCAACGAGGACGAGGACGAAGCCUUUACAAUGAUUGUCAAAAAGAGCUCUAGAAAUGUUGUACAAAGCAUGAAGACGAAGUUACACAUCGAGGAUUUUUUGAACCAUGUGAAAGAAAAGAAGCGUAUUUUGUGUUUUGACAAUGGUGUCUUUGAUUUUGAAAUGUUAAAGCUACGUCCAGGGCAGCAAACGGACUACUGUGUUGAUACGAGAGAUUACCUCGGUUAUGCUCUGGAUGAGCAGUAUGUGAAAGGGGAGGGGUGGUCGGAGCUGAAUGAAGAACGGUUCGAUUACCUUAUGGCUCGCUUCUCUACCAUGGUCACCUCUGAGAAGGUUCGCGAGUACCUCUUUGAUCAUUUGUGUAUGACUCUGGACGCAAAUCAACCACAGAAAAUGGUCAUUUUGUUGGGGGAGGGGGCAAAUGGGAAAACGGUCAUUAUCGACUUGAUAAUGGCAACUUUUAGUGUGAAAGCGCACAGCAUGCAGAGUAGCCAACUCGGUAAGAACAUUGAUAGUACGAGGCCUAACUGCGAGCUGAAGGGAUGUGAUGGGAAGUUUACCGUAUGCGUGGACGAAGUGAAUAAGAAUGAGCAAUGGCGAGGGGACACAUUUAAGAAGCUGAUCAAUGGCUGGGUUAAUGCCCGACAAGUUAAUGACACCACCACUGGUGCCUUCAAAAUGAACGCUCUUCUUCUGGGUGCCAUGAACUGGUUACCGAUUGUCUACGACCACGCUCAUGGUGUCACUCGUCGAUUCGAAGUGUUUCCCAUGUUGUCCGAGUUUUGCAGAACAGAGGAGGAAGCUAACAAGAAAGGUGGCAAAGAUGCAAAGAAGUUUGUCGGGAUACAGGAACUGGAGAAACGUAUAGUAGAAUACAAGGAUGUGUUUAUGAGUUUCCUCAUCCGUCGUCUGGUCGAAAUCCGAACCGGAGAACGAUCGCUUCAGCCGGUUCCUGAUGAAGUGAGCGAAAAGACAAACGAGUUUACUUCUCAGCUCGAUCCUCUGGGACGCUUUGUGGCAAAGUACGUAAAGUGGGAGACGGGAAGGCGGAUGUACCCCGAUAGUUUUCGCAGAGCAUACGAAGCGUGGGUGAAGCAAGAGAAAAAAUACGGAGAAAAUCCUUACCCUCGGAAGGAGGACAUAGGUGACUAUCUUCUUAAGCAUCACAAGGAUUCAUUUCAAGUUGUGAAACAGCGUCUGAAGCAAGUAGAUAGCCUCGAUGGAAAGACGACAGACAAUCCGACUACGCUAUGGGAGGGGCUUACUUUGACGGAGGAUGGGAAGAAGCUAUAA